GUGAGGAACGCGACGUGAGGCGACGUGAAGCGACGCAACGUCGAGUGAGUCGCGCGUGCUGGCGUGCAGGCGGGGCGACGAAGGACGCGUGCAGAGCGUGGCGUAGCGUGGAGAGGCCGGCGGCCGCCGCUGGAUGCUGACCGGGCCGCGACGCCCCCGCUCCUUGCCAUGGACUCGGGGGCGCAACGGCAAAUGAAGGACGAGUGGCCGUCCCGAGUGGAGUCGGCGGUUCCCAUGGCGCCGCUCGCUCUCAGCCACGACCACUUUGAGUCGCAGUGUCAACAGCAGUACGGGGAGGUGAACCAGCUGGGCGGCGUCUUCGUGAACGGGCGGCCGCUGCCCAACGCGGUGCGCAUGCGCAUCGUGGAGCUGGCGCAGCUGGGCAUCCGGCCGUGCGACAUCUCGCGCCAGCUGCGCGUCUCGCACGGCUGCGUCUCCAAGAUCCUGGCGCGCUACCACGAGACCGGAUCCAUCCUGCCCGGCGCCAUCGGCGGCAGCAAGCCGCGCGUCACCACGCCCAAGGUGGUGGCGUACAUCAAGGAGCUGAAGCAAAAGGACCCGGGCAUCUUCGCGUGGGAGAUCCGCGACCGGCUGCUGUCGGACGGCGUGUGCGACAAGUACAACGUGCCGUCGGUGAGCAGCAUCAGCCGCAUCCUGCGCAACAAGAUCGGCGCGCUCGUGCACCACCCGCACCACCACUCGCCGGCGUCCGCGGCGGCGGCGGCGGCGGCCGGCACGGCUGCGGGGGCGGCGGUGGUGGCGGCGGCGGCGGCGGCGGCGCACCACCCGCACCUGUACGGCUCCAUCUACCCGGCGGCCGCCUACCCCUACCAGCCGGCCGGCCCGGGGCCCGCGGGCAAGGUGGCCAGCGCACCCGGGGCCUCCCCGCCGUCCGUGGCGGCGACGGCGGGCGGCGCGCUGGCGUGCCUCCAAGGAAAGAGGCGGCGUCGGGACGCCGCACAGACGCCGCUCUGUGUGCGCCACAGCGCGCCGUUGUGCCGCGCGUCACGUCUGCGUGGCCAGACGAUAUACAGCCGGCCGGCCAGGUACGCCGUCCGUGCCAACUACGCGAGACGAGUGGUCGUCGCUGCGCGCGCCUUCGCGGCCUACGGAACGCACAUCUUUCACCGCCGCUCAGGAGUCGCCACUGCGUUCGAGUGCUUCCACUCUGUCAAAGACAGCUACAAACCGAUAACCGUCGGACAUUGUUUAUCUGUGCCGCAAUGUUAA